AAAUAAAACAUUUUGUACGAGUUAUGAUAGUAGAUACUUAUUUUCAAAUGGUUCAUAUAGUUUUGCCAAAGAGGGAAUGCAUAAAACUGAGAAUCUGAGAUCAGAAAUCAGAACCGCCGCGCCGCUUGUCUCUCCUAGGAAUGCUCUAAUUCUUCUUCCCAAUUCCUUCGACAGUCUUUGAGCACUCAAGGCAUUUUUUGCAACCAAGACCAUGUCUUUACAACAUGAACGAUUAUUGGGCAGCCAAAAGUCGUAAAAAUUUUCCUGAUGGAGGCUAAGUUCUUCCGCUUUCUCAAGAUUGUUGGAGUUGGUUUCAAAGCAAGAGCAGAGGCCGAAGGCCGACUCCUAUACCUAAAACUUGGCUAUAGCCAUGAGGUGGAACUGGCUGUGCCUCCUGCAGUUCGCGUAUUCUGCUUCAAAAACAACGUAGUAUGCUGCACUGGGAUCGACAAGGAUAGGGUGCAUCAAUUUGCUGCUGCAGUCCGGAGUUGCAAGCCUCCUGAAGUUUACAAGGGCAAAGGUAUCAUGUACAUCGACGAGGUCAUAAAGAAAAAGGAGGGGAAGAGAUCAAAAUAAGCUGUGGUGCUCGCAGUUCUGCAUAUGCUACUCUAGAUAUCAAGUUUGAUAAGCAAAUUAGUGCUGUGGCUGAAUGUUCUUUUCACUGAGGAGAAACGUUUAGAAUGUUUCCAUAUUUCCUAUGUUUCAUAACUUAGAUUAGAUCGGGCCUUUUCAACAGGCUGCUGUUUCUUGAGUCGAAAACAUCAGCCAUAUUGUUUUGCAUCUUCGGCUGGGUCUGUGACUUUGUAUACUUUGCUUCUUAUUGGAGUAUUUGGUUUUAGCAA